AUGACAGAUUAUAUGGCGCAAAUGCUCAAUGAGCUCAUGGGAUCACAGAGAGACGCGAUGCCCGGCGAGCGCCGCGAGCUCCGCUUCGACGAUCCCAACGUUUGCACUGAUUUUCUCGUCGGUUUCUGCACACAUGACAUAUUUCGGAACACGAAAAAUGAUUUGGGAUUUUGUAAAUAUACAACCCACGACGAAAAUCUCAAAAACUCUUACCAAAACAGCGAUAAGAAGGGUCGAAUGGGUUUUGAGAACCGUUUCCUCGAACGAAUCCGCCGAAUCCACGAAGACGUUCGUCGCAAGAUUCAGAAGCACGAAGACCGAUUGGCAGUGACUCAGGGCGAAUCGAAGAGUGCCGAGGAGACGUUUGGAAUGAAAAUUCAGGAAUUGGAGUUGAGAAAAGAGCAAUUGACGAAGAAAGUGGAGGAUUUGAUGGAUGAAGCGGCGGUUGAGGGGGAGAAAGGGAAUGUUGCGGCGGCUCAGACGGCAGUGGAGAAGGCUGAUAAGACGAAAUUCGAGAUAGAAGAAUUGGGAUUUGAGGCUGAAAAGAUGAGGAAUGAGAAGGAGAGAGCGAUCAGUAUGGAGGAGAAUGUGACGGCUGGAAAUAGACAAAUGCAAGUGUGUCAGAUAUGUGGAUGCUUCAUGUUACAGAAUGAUGCUCCACAGAGAGUUGAUGAUCAUUUGACUGGAAAGUUACAUAUUGCAUAUCAAUUGAUAGCUGAUACUAUAAAAGGUCUGGAACAUGAUAUGGAGGAGAAGAAGAAGCAGAGGCUGGAGGAACGGGUCUCAUCAAGACGAUAUGAUAGAUCGAGAAGUAGAUCAAAAGAGAGAAAAGAGCACAAGAAGGAUCAUAAGGAGAGAUCGGAGCAUCGAAGAGGAGAGGGCAGAGAUCGGGGAGGAGAGCAUCGGGAUAGACAUCGGGAUCGGGAUCACAAGGAUCGAGAGCAUCAUCGAGGGGAUCGUGGGGACAAGCACAGAUCUGAUAGAGAUCGCAGACGCCACUAG